GACUCGAGCCAGAUAGAGUUGUUGAAAGAGUUGAUGGAUCUGCAGAAAGACAUGGUUGUGAUGCUGCUGUCCAUGCUGGAAGGCAACGUGGUCAACGGAACCAUCGGGAAGCAGAUGGUCGACAUGCUAGUAGAGUCCUCCAACAACGUGGAGAUGAUCCUCAAGUUCUUCGACAUGUUCCUUAAACUCAAAGACCUGACGUCGUCCGACGCCUUCAAGGAGUACGACCCGGAUGGUAAAGGGGUCAUCUCCAAGAGAGACUUCCACAAAGCCAUGGAGAGCCACAAGCACUAUACCCAGUCUGAGACGGAGUUCCUGCUCUCCUGUGCUGAGCCUGACGAGAAUGAGCUGUUGGACUACGAGGAGUUUGUGGAGCGUUUCCACGAGCCGGCCAAAGACAUCGGCUUCAACGUGGCCGUGCUUCUGACCAACCUGUCUGAACACAUGCCCCACGACACGCGCCUGCAGACCUUCCUGGAGCUGGCUGAGAGUGUGCUGAAUUACUUCCAGCCGUACCUGGGCCGUAUCGAGAUCAUGGGCAGUGCCAAGCGCAUCGAGAGGGUCUACUUCGAGAUCAGCGAGUCCAGUCGUACGCAGUGGGAGAAGCCCCAGGUCAAAGAGUCCAAACGCCAGUUCAUCUUCGACGUGGUCAACGAGGGCGGGGAAAAGGAGAAGAUGGAGCUGUUCGUUAACUUCUGCGAGGACACCAUCUUUGAGAUGCAGCUGGCCGCCCAGAUGUCCGACAUCGGAGAGCGGUCGGCCAUGAAGGAGGAGAGCGAGAAGGAGAAGCCGGAAGAGGAGAGCCCUGAGAUGGGCUUCUUCUCUGUGACCACGGUCCGGACCGCCCUGAUGGCGCUACGCUACAACGUCAUGUUCCUGAUGAAUGUUCUGUCCAUGAAGAGCCUGAAGAAGCAGAUGAAGAGGAUGAAGAAGAUGACAGUGAAGGACAUGGUGAUGACGCUGGUCUCCUUCUAUUGGUCCGUCAUCAUGGGCCUGUUCCACUUUACCUUCAGCGUCUCCAGAGGGUUCUGCAGAAUCAUGUACAACACCUUCCUAGGAGGCAGUCUGGUGGAGGGAGCCAAGACUAUGAAGGUGUCUGAGCUGUUGGCCAACAUGCCUGACCCGACCCAGGACGAGGUUCGAGAGGAGGGGGAGAAGGUGCUCUUAGCUAGACCCUCGGCUGAGGAGGAGCUGGCUGAUCUAGCCCUGCCCGUGGACGGGACCGAAGUCCUCUCAGACAUCUUUGGAUUAGAUCUGAGGAGAGGAGAAGGAGGACAGUAUAAGAUAACUGCUCACAACCCCAACGCCAGUCUGACUGAUCUGCUUAACUCUCCAGUCCCCUCCUCUCCUGUCCUCGCUACCUCACCAUCCCCGGAACUGAGAAGACGGCACCAGGCUAAGAGCCCAUCAGAGGAAGGGAGGACAGGGACCGAGGGAAGCAAGGAGGCCAAGUCAGAGCCGGAGAAAGCACAGGGAAAGGAUGGAGAGAAGCAGGAGGAGGAGGAGGAGAGGAGGAAGGAGGAGGAGAGGAGGAAUGAGGAGAGGAGGCAGGAGGAGAAGAAGAGGAAGGAGGAGAAGCCGAAAGCUAAAGUGAGACAGCACCACACCUCCAAGUCUGAUGAGCAUGACAUGCAGGAGUCUGCCUUCUGGAAGAAAAUCAUCGCCUAUCAGAGGAAGCUGCUGAACUAUUUUGCUCGGAACUUCUACAACAUGAGAAUGCUGGCGUUGUUUGUGGCCUUCGCCAUCAACUUCAUCCUCCUCUUCUACAAGGUGUCCUCCUCCUCGGCGGUGAUGCCUGAAAGCAGAAGGCCCCGGGCAGGCAGCAGUGUGCGGUGGGACCCCGUGACGGAGAGUAGUGACCCCCAGGAGCCUCAAAACCCCCAGCAGGGCCCUGUGUUUGUCCACUUUGUGCUGGAGGAGAGCACCGGAUACAUGGAGCCCACGUUGCGUAUCCUGGCCAUCCUACACACUGUCAUCUCCUUCUGCUGCAUCAUAGGUUACUACUGUCUCAAGGUCCCUUUGGUGAUCUUCAAGCGUGAGAAGGAGGUGGCGAGGAGGCUGGAGUUUGAUGGUCUCUACAUCACAGAGCAGCCGUCGGAGGAUGACAUCAAAGGCCAGUGGGACAGACUAGUGAUUAACACUGGAUCGUUUCCUAACAACUACUGGGAUAAAUUUGUGAAGAGGAAGGUGAUGGAUAAGUAUGGAGAGUUCUACGGCCAUGACCGCAUCAGUGAGCUGUUGGGUAUGGACAAGGCUGCUCUGGACUUCAGUGACGCCCACGAGAAGAAGAAACCCAAGAAAGACAGCUCGUUAGCCGCAGUAUUAAACUCUGUUGAUGUCAAGUACCAGAUCUGGAAACUAGGAGUCGUCUUCACAGACAAUUCGUUCCUGUACCUGGCUUGGUAUAUGACCAUGUCCAUCCUGGGUCACUACAACAACUUCUUCUUCGCUGCUCAUCUCCUGGACAUCGCCAUGGGCUUCAAGACCCUCCGCACCAUUCUGUCUUCUGUCACGCACAACGGCAAACAGCUGGUUCUGACAGUAGGACUACUGGCUGUGGUGGUGUAUCUCUACACC